AAAUGGUCGUCCAUCUCAGUCCCAAUGCAUGGACCGAAUCCAACACUCAAAGGAUGCGGCGUCAGUGCGCUCUCAUCUGUCGUCGCGACGACACCACCAGCUCUAUAACGUCGCCUUCGAAGCGUCGUCACACGCUACAAUUCGCGCGCUGCGCUUCGAAAACCUCGAGCGAAGUUGAUUCUUGACCUCCAGGUCUUCCGUGUGACACUUGUCUUCUUUGGCGUUGAUUAGAUUCAAUUUAGAUAAAUGAAGACGAUUCGUUGUUGUGAUUGAACGAGGAGUGCGGUCAGGAAAUUGUGGAUUGGCAGUUUCUUUUUAUUUUUUUCGGUUGGUGAACUGUGCUAACUUGGUGUGAACCUGGAGUAGAAUAUUACACGAAAGGUACAAACCUUUUCUGAACUACGAAAGGAAGAUCGUGUUACUCUAGCAGACUAGACAGUUCUUUUUUGAAAGUUCUUUCGACGACUUCACGGAGUCAAUGAAUUGAGUUGUUGUGAACACUGGCACCAUCCUAUAGCCGCCUAUAUAAUUUCUUCAAACUGAACCCAGCAUUCACACAUUCAUUCCUGAUGCCACCACAUCUCCACGUUUUGGUUCCUACACUUCCUCUUCACAUAAUGUUAAUGCCAGAAUUUGAAAACAAAGAUUGGAAUCACCGAAUACAAAAAUUACCAAAGAUAACUAAAAAGCAUGAAUAAUUAUAAAACAGUUUCUGGCUAAUGAAACAAGGAGACGAAAAGAAAAUGCUGAAUUCGACGGAUUCAGACUACUAUCUAUCCUACAACGAAUCUGUACCAAACAGUUCACAAAAUGCCUAUCCUUCAUCAUAUCCAGACUACGAUUCAUGUCUCAAGGAAGAACCUGGAGAACUUCCACUGCUGAGGUUCAUAAUCAAUGGGCUGUUGUUGAACAUAAUAGGUAUACUUGGGAUAUUUGGCAACAUCAUCUCUAUGAUCAUUCUGUCCAGGCCACAGAUGCGUUCAAGUAUCAACUACCUAUUGACAGGUCUUGCCAGAAUUGAUACUGUCCUGAUAUUGACCAGUAUGCUGCUGUUUGGACUUCCUGGACUGCAUCCAUACAGCGGAGCUUUGUCUACGUACUACUACAUCAUCUAUCCACACAUUGUUCCAGUAGUUUACCCACUAGCGCUCAUCUCUCAAGCUGCAUCAGCUUACUUGACCUUCUUUGUGUCUUUAGAACGCUUUGUGGCAGUAUGUCACCCCUUAAAAGUGCGUUCUUUGUGUACCUAUGGACGUGCCAGGUUUUACGUGAUUGGUAUUAUCUGCAUCUCUGCUCUCUAUAACAUAUCCAGAUUCUGGGAGUCUUCAAUCCAAAGCGAUUGGUGGCCAGAGAAAAAUAUGACGGUUUACUGUCCAUCGCCGUCUCGCCUAAGGAGGAAUCCAACCUACAGGACCAUCUACAUACAUUGGUGUUACUUCAUCUUCAUCUACCUGAUACCUUUCAUGGGUAUUGCCGUAUUGAAUGCUAUGAUUUACCGUCAGGUGCGAAGAGCAAACAGAGAAAGACAACGAUUAUCUCGACUACAAAAACGCGAAAUAGGCCUCGCUACGAUGCUAUUCUGCGUCGUUGCAGUUUUCUUCAUCUGCAACCUACCUCCGAUGGUAAUCAACAUAAUAGAAACCUUCGGCCUCGAAUACGACAUCUCCAUGCUGAUCAACGUGAGCAACCUCCUCGUCACCAUCAACUCCAGCGUCAACUUCAUCAUCUACGUGAUAUUCGGCGAGAAAUUCAAGAGACUUUUUCUUGUUUUGUUUUGUCACAACUCAGUUUUCGGGAUUGGUACCGGCCGUGAGUCGCCAGAUGGCACUCACGAUGACAGCUUCAUCUCGAACGGGGACAGGACCAGCGUCAGGCUGCAUCGGCAGUUCACCAGCCUGAGCAGGAAUGGUAAUUCGGGGAGGAUGAACGGGUCGUCUAGGGAGAAGAGGUGCAGUAAAAGGGCGCCCAGUCCUGGACCUUGCGUUUAUUAUCCUGCAAACAGGGCUAGUAAAGAGAUCAGUGCUUACACCACACAGAUAUCCUUGCAGAGUGAUGGAUGAGACCUGUGUUGUGACGUUCCGGAGAAAUUUACAUUCACGAGAGCUGUCGCACAGAAGUGAAAUAUUGACUUGAAUUCUAUGUUCAAAACCGGGAACAUAUCUGGUGGAGCUGAAACUCAGAGUAGCCAGAUUUAGUUAUUUUCUGAUUAACAAACUGUGUCGUAAUGAUUUUGUUAUUAAUUUGUUGGUUUGGGCCUAGGGCUGAACUUUCUUCAUGAAAGCGUGCAUGCAUUCAUUGUUGAUAAUAUACAGGGUGUUUUAAAAUUAUACUUGAACCUUGAAGAAAUGAUUGAGCCAUAUUUAUUAAUCACCGAAAAUCAACAGUUGCCGAGAUAAUUGAGUUCUUGUCUUUUUAAAAAAAUUUCUUACUUCAUUUUUCGUAAAUUUUUUUU